UCUGUCAAAAAAGUAUAGUGCGAGUGCGGUCGAACCGCGAUUUCUUGCUCGACCGGAGGUUUUGUUUAGUAAAAAACGUUAAAAUUCAAAGCAAAUCUCAUAAAUACCAGACGAAAUGGAAAUUAGAAAAGUAAUAGAUUUGUUAAGGGCUACAAUCGACCCGAAUCAAAGGCAACAAGCCGAGACCCAAUUAGAUCAGAUACAUAAGAUCAUAGGAUUUGCUCCAGCGCUUCUUCAAGUUGUCAUGAUGGGAGAUUGUGACAUGCCAGUGAGACAAGCUGGUGCUAUCUAUUUGAAAAACCUUAUUUCCACUAAUUGGCAAGAUCGAGAGGCCGAAGCAGGUCAGCCUGUACCAUUUGCUUUACACGAACAAGACAGGGCUUUGAUUAGAGACAGUAUAGUGGACGCAGUUGUACAUGCUCCAGAUUUAAUUCGUACUCAACUUUGUACAUGUGUAAAUAAUAUGGUAAAACAUGAUUUUCCUGGACGUUGGACUCAGAUUGUUGAUAAGAUAAGUGUGUACCUUUCAAAUCCAGAUCCUGCUGGGUGGCUUGGAGCCCUACUUUGCCUUUAUCAAUUAGUAAAGAAUUUUGAAUAUAAAAAAGCUGAAGAAAGGGGCCCCCUUCACGAGGCUAUGAAUUUAUUACUGCCUCAAUUAUAUCAGUUAGAAGUAAGACUGUUACCAGACCAAUCUGAACAGGCAGUCCUGUUACAAAAGGAAGGAUUGAAAGUGUAUUUUGCUCUGACUCAGUAUAUCUUGCCUAUGGAUUUAAUUACUAAAGAGGCCUUCGCACAAUGGAUGGAAGUUUGCAGACAAGUCGUGGAAAGACCAGUUCCACCUGCAGCUUUGCAACCCGAUGAGGAUGAAAGACCUGACCUUCCAUGGUGGAAGUGUAAAAAAUGGGCCCUACAUAUUCUUUACAGGAUGUUUGAAAGAUAUGGAUCUCCUGGACACGUCUCGAAAGAAUACAAUGAAUUCUCGGAAUGGUAUCUUCAAACGUUCAGUACGGGUAUUCUCGAGGUGCUUUUAAGAGUACUGGAUGGUUAUAGAGGAGGGCAUUGGGUUCCACCUAGAGUGCUUCAACAAACUUUAAAUUAUCUUAAUCAGGCAGUUUCUCAUGCCCAUACGUGGAGAAUAUUGAAGCCUCACAUGCCCGCAAUUAUUCACGAUGUCCUGUAUCCUUUAAUGAGCUAUUCUGCUGAAGAUCAUGAAUUGUGGACCGUAGAUCCUCACGAGUACAUUAGAGUUAAAUUUGAUGUGUUUGAAGAUUUCAUUUCACCGGUAACAGCAGCUCAAACCCUUCUCCAUUCCUCUUGCAAAAAACGGAAAGAAAUGUUAGGCAAGACUAUGGUGAUGCUUAAUCAGGUGUUGACUAACCCCGCGACUGAACCGUCGCAAAAAGAUGGCGCGUUACACAUGGUGGGCUCUUUGGCAGAUGUGCUACUGAAAAAAACACCUUACAAGGAUCAAUUGGACCAGCUUUUUAUCAAAUACGUGUUCCCCGAAUUUAACAGCGACAGGGGCCACAUGAGAGCUAGGGCCUGUUGGGUGCUACACUACUUUGCAGAAUUUAAUUUUAAACAGGAAAAUGUUUUGGUGGACGCUGUGAACUUAACAGUUAGAGCACUCUUAUUUGACAAAGAUUUACCUGUAAAAGUUGAGGCAGCAAUUGCAUUACAAUCUUUAUUAAACUAUCAAGAUAGAAGUCACAAAUAUAUUGAAUUGAAGGUUAAAGAAGUAGCCCUGGAACUCCUAUCAAUUAUUAGAGAAACUGAAAAUGAGGACGUCACAGGAGUUAUGCAGAAAUUAGUCUGUUGUUUCACUGUACAACUUGCACCUAUAGCUGUAGAGAUCUGUCAACAUUUAGCUUCAACAUUUAAUCAAGUUUUAGACACAGACGAGGGAUCAGAUGAAAAAGCCAUCACUGCAAUGGGCCUGCUUAAUACAAUCGAGACUCUCCUCACAGUCAUGGACGAACAGCCCGAAAUAAUGAGACUUUUGGAGCCGACGGUGUUGCAAGUGAUAGCCCAGGUGCUACAAAACGAAGUUCAGGAGUUUUACGAGGAAAUAUUUUCGUUAAUUUUUGAUUUGACGAGCAAACAAAUUUCUCCAGACAUGUGGAAAGUGUUUGAAUUGCUUUACCAAGUCUUCAUAAAGAAUGCAAUUGAUCACUUCACAGACAUGAUGCCGGCUUUGCACAACUAUAUAACGAUCGACACAAACGCAUUUCUCUCGGAUGAAAAGCGGUUGUUGGCGAUCUAUACUAUGUGUAAAGAAGUCUUAACUAAAGAUAGUGGUGAAGAUCCUGAGUCGCACGCUGCUAAGUUGUUGGAGGUGGUACUUUUACAGUGCCGUGGAAAGAUCGAUAGUGCUGCACCCUUGCUUGUGGAACUGGCAGCUACUAGAUUACUCAGGGAAGUGAAAACAAGUGAACUCAGAACAAUGUGUUUACAGGUUCUCAUAGCAGCGCUAUAUUACGAUCCAAAUCUUCUUUUCACUGUACUGCAAAAAAUGCCCGAUUUCACGAACCAUUUCAUCAAGCAAUGGUUACACGAUACCGACUGUUUCUUAGGAAUUCAUGACAGGAAAUUGUGCGUUUUAGGACUUUGCACCUUGAUAGGCAUGAGAGAGAAACCACCAGCACUGUUAGAAAUGGCACCGAAAGUAAUUCCCUCGUUAAUUCUCCUCUUUGACGGACUCAAGAGGGCCUACGCGGCCAAGGCCCAGGCGGAAGCUGAGGAAGAGGAAAGUGAAAGCGACGAAGGGGAAAUAAUUGAAGAUAUCCUUAGUUCAGACGAAGACGAAAUAGACGAUCAAGGUCAAGACUACUUGGAGAGUCUCGGUAAGAAAGCCUUGGCGGCCGGACAGAAUCAAGGCAUGGCCAUCGAAGCCACCAUUAACGACAUUGAAGACGUAUCAGACGAUGAGGAUUCAGACUACGAACCCAACGAAGAGACUGUUUUGGAAUCUUACACGACGCCUUUAGACGAAGAAGAUUGCGAGGUUGACGAAUAUUUAGUUUUUAAACAAAUUAUGACAAACAUACAAAAUCAGAAUCCAGAAUGGUAUGGGGCACUAACUGGUCAUUUAAAUGAGCAGCAAUUAAAAGUUUUAAACGAAGUGGUAGUGCUUGCUGAACAGAGAGCGGCGGCUAGGGAAAGUAAAAAAAUUGAACAACAAGGAGGAUAUACGUUCACCCAGCAAUCCGUGCCAACCAGUUUUAAGUUUGGGGACAGUAAUUCGUGAAGAACCGUUUUUUAAAUAUAUUUAUAUAAUUUAGUAAUUAAAGGAAAAAAAA